AUGGCAUCCACAACCUACACGAUUUUGCCCAAGGACGAUGGGACGGCCGUGAUCCGACAACAGGAGAAAGACGACCUGGGAUCCGAGGCCGUCAGCCAUCAGCAACCCGCUCGAUGGAAAUUGACCCUGCAGCUUGCCACACUCGCCACAGCAACUGUACUGCUUGUCAACGUGAUCAUCACGGUGUACUUCGCCGUCUCAAACGGCCUGCAUGGCGGAAACUCGAUUCUUUAUCAUGGCGACUGUGCGGAAACUGCCCGGCUGUCGACUUGGUCUCAUAUCGGCAUCAAUAUUCUCAGCACGAUUUUGCUGAGUGGAAGCAACAAUGCGCAGCAAUAUCUUUCUGCGCCGACGAGAGCGGAACUGGAUCGGGCUCACGCCGCUAAAGAGUGGCUCGACAUCGGUAUACCAAGCAUCCGCAACCUGUUUUCGUCCAAGAUAGGACCCUACAGACGCAUCCUGUGGGGAUUUCUGGCAUUGGGUUCGAUUCCUCUGCACUGGGUGUACAACUCGGCCAUGUUUGCCAGUUUGUCUGCAAAAGAGUACUCGGUUCUGGUAGUGUCUCCCGAUUUCAUCGACGGUACUAACACUGGCUUCGUCGAUCCUGUCGCCCAUGUCUGGAAUACCGAUGACGUUAGGGCCACCAACGAAUCGGUUGCCAUCAUACGCAAGGUCAUGAACACCUUCGAGAGGCUUGAUGUUUCCGAGUGUGUUACUGCGUACGCUCAGCAGGUCGUCUCGUCAAGGCGAGAUUUGAUCGUCGUCGUGGAUGCGCCCAGCUACGACGUCAAAUAUUGCCCCUCUGCCUACACUUCGCUCACCUGCUUUUACGCCAACCCCAAUGUGACGAAUUCGAUAAUCCAAAUCUAUAGCAGCGAAUACGGAAACUGGAUAUAUGCCUCUACCUCAUACGCCUGGAUGUGUGCCGACUAUGUUUCUGGCUGCGGCGACCCGGCAGUUACCAAAUCAAUGAAGACAUCAUGGACAUUGUACGACUAUCCGGUGGAUUACUGCUUGAGCGAACGCGUUCAAGAGGACUGCACUUUUCGCAUGAGCGUUCCAAUCAUGCUGAUUGUGUGCGUGUGCAAUAUCACGAAGCUGGUUUGUCUUGUCCUUGCGCUCCUCUUGAUAAAAGAAGCCCCACUCCUCACCAUUGGUGAUGCUGUUGCUUCCUUCAUGCGGAACAAAGAUCCCAAUACCACCAAUAUGGCGUUGGUUCCAAGGUCAGAAUUUGAUCAGAAGAGCAAUUGGAAACCCAAAUCUCUACCAUAUGACAACCCUCGCCGGCGCUACUUCUCCUCUGCUUCUUCCUGGAAAUGGUGGAUAUGCAAUCUUCUUUACACUAUUGGUAUAGGUCUCAUUGCCGGGCUCAUGGGCCGAGCAAUUCACUCGAUAGCCCUCGUAACAACGCAAACGUCGACCGGGCAACUGAUACUCACAGAUGGUUUUGGCAAGAUUGUAUCUCGGAAUCUGCUGACCUUAACGUCGUCCUUCGUCCCGUCCGUGCUGCUGGCUAAUUUCCCACAACUGGUUUUGUCGGCAAUUUACCUCACAUACAAUGCUCUGGCGACAAGCAUGUCUGUAACUCGAGAAUACGUCUCAUACUCGAUCUUUAAUAUCACUAAGAAAGGAAACGCCCCAGCUUCUCUUCGAGUUUCCAAUCCGACCGAAGAAUCCUCUCAACGCCGAGCGUAUUAUCUCCAGCUGCCGUUUCGCUUCGCCAUUCCCCUCAUGGCGGGAUCAACAGUUCUGCACUGGCUCACAUCGCAGUCUCUAUUUCUCGCCAAGGUCGACAUUUAUCAUUCUCUGAAUACUCAUACCCCAGCCGAAACCGAAGUCAUUGACGCUGAAGCCAGCCUUGAUACCACUGGCUUCUCGGUUCUGCCAAUGAUCUGCGCCCUCAUCAUCGCAGUCAUCAUGACAUUGAUUCUGAAUGGAAUUGCGUUGAGGAGAAUUACCGGCGCCAUGCCCAUUGCCGGAAGCUGCAGCGCCGCUAUUGCUGCAUCAUGCCAUGGUCGUGGCUGCGGGCUUGGACCUGUGACAUGGGGUGUCGUGGACGAAGCAGGAGAGCAUCUCAUGAGAUCCACGCCGCCCGAUGCUGAUGCUGACGAUUUUUCAAACAGCAGCAGCAGUGGAAAAUUAGGAUUUGUUGACGGCACCGCAGGGUGUCCUGUGCAGGGUCAAUUUUACUUUUGA